CUCCCCUUCUUCACUUGCUCUACUAGUUCUUAGAUGCUUUAAGAUCUCUCUCUCUCUCCCUCUCAGUUUUUUUUUUCCUUAUUGUAAAAGAAGAAAAGAUGAAUCUCUCUGAAAACCCUAGCCCUAAUUUCACGUUCUUCUCCGAUGAAAACUUUACUAAUCCUUUUAUGGAUAAUUUUGAUUUCUCCAAUCUGAUGUUCGAUGUUGAUGAAGGAUGCAACACUCUUGGAUUAUUCCAUGACGAAACUUCAUCUCCGACGAGCAUCGUUUCGUCAGAGACAUUUACCGGUGAAAGCGGCGGAUCCGGCAGCGCAACAACGACGUUGAGUAAAAAGGAAUCAACCUUCGAUUGCAAAAGUAGGGGAAGUAAAGAUGGUGAGACGAAGGAGAUGGGUCACAGAGUUGCAUUUAGAACGAGAUCAAAGAUUGAUGUGAUGGAUGAUGGUUAUAAAUGGAGGAAGUAUGGAAAGAAAUCUGUCAAGAACAACACUAACAAGAGGAAUUACUACAAAUGCUCAAGUGACGGUUGUAUGGUGAAGAAGAGAGUAGAGAGAGAUGGUGAAGAUGCAGCUUAUGUGAUUACAACCUAUGAAGGAGUCCAUAACCACGAGAGUCCCUCACAUGUCUAUUACAACGACAUGGUUUUGUCUUACGAUCACGACAAUUGGAACCAGCACUCUCUUCUUCAAUCUAUCCAAAUAUCUCCUCCAUCUUGAGAUUAAUCAUUAGAUACUUACCAUCAAUACUAUAUCAAUGCAUCGCCUUGUGUAAUUUUAUAGGUACAAUAAAGAAGUCAAUUAUUUCUCCGUUA